UUUAUUUACAUUACAUGCCUUACAAUGUUACAUGGCGUGAAAAACAUUUUAAAAUAUUUUCUACAAUUCUUAUAAAAGAUCUUGAGUCUGAUACCUUUGCUUCUGGUCUUAUUUUAUGAAUAUGUUUGAAGUAACUAGACAAAACUUUGACAGCUUAUUUCCAAAAAUUGAGUACGCAAUUGAAAAUGCUGAUUUCAUUUCUAUUGACACAGAAUUUACUGGUCUCUAUUAUGAUGAACAUAGCAAGCCAAGCCUUUUUGAUAACAGUGCUGAGAGGUAUGCUAAACUCAGAUAUAGUGUGCAGAAAUUUACUUUAUCUCAGAUAGGUUUGACAAUGUUUGUGAGAAAUGCCAAAGAUAACUGUUAUUCCACUCAAACCUAUCACUUUUAUCUCUUCCCGUUUCCAUUUGGUUCUUAUGAUCCACGCUUCUCUGUACAGACCUCAUCCUUAGAAUUUUUAAAGAAAAAUUCUUUUGAUUUUAAUAAGUGGGUUAAACAAGGAAUUCCUUUUCUGAAUAAUAUUCAAGAACGAAACUUAACCAAUGAAAUGGCUGCUGGCUAUUUAUUCUCUGGAUUAAAUAAUGAUGAUGAGACUGAACUACAAAGUCUUUGUUCAAAAGUGGCUGCUUGGCUGCCUAACAGUAAAGUUGGUGACAUACUUACAUUAUCUUUACCUAAAGGUUCAGAGAGUUCCUAUGUCUACCAUACAGAUUUGCGUAUGAGGUUUGCUCAUAUUUGGACUUCUAGCAACCCCUUUGACCAGAUAGUGGUAGAACAUGUGGAUAAAGUCAAAAGGCAGUUGUUGGAGAGGGAGAAUCAUUCUUCUCAUCAGGAGUACCAGAAACAGCAGAUUAUACAAUUACUAGGAUUUACUAGAGUCUUUAGAUUACUUCAGAUUUCCCAAAAACCAGUUGUUGGUCACAACUUACUUAUGGAUCUUAUUUUCAUGUAUGACAAAUUUCACAAUCCUUUGCCAGACAGUUAUGCCAAGUUCAAACAAGAUAUUCACAAAAUGUUCCCAAGCAUUUUCGACACAAAACAUAUCCACUAUUGCAUAAAAAGGUUCCUGGAAUCUGCAUUGCUUUUUACAACUGGGAAUUUGAAAGAGCUAUAUGAUGGAAUAAAUCAAAAUACAACAAUUUUAGCUAUGCUUCAGCCUAAAAUAAAACACACUGAAAGUGGAGAUUUCCCAGAAGCCAGCUUUCCUCAUCAAGCAGGCUACGAUUCUUAUAUGUGUGGUGUAGUAUUUUUGAGACUCUGUCAUUUUCUACAUUUUCAAGAAAGUGGAUCUAGUCAUUUUAAGCCAUGUUCUUUCAAAGAUUACCUGGUUACAAUGAAGAAAUUUAAAAAUUCUGUGAAUCUUAUCAGAGCUAUGGUCAGCCAUAUUAAGCUGGAUGGAGAGGAAGUAUUAAGUUUGAGACCACCUUUAAUCUUUGUACAAAGUACCAAGGCUGGCACCAGGCUCAUAUCUCAACAGUUGGCUGCUUGGUUCUCUAUGUAUGGUCAAGUGGAUAUUCAGAUGAUGAACUCAAGAGAGGCUAUUGUGGCAGCAACAAAUUUUCAUUGUGCCAGAGAAAUCAUAUCAGCAUUUCGGCAACAUCCAUUAAUCAAAGUUAGCAAAUACAGAUUCUGGGAGCACUCAAAGUUGGGACAAAGAAUUUUAUGGGGUUCCUUAGCUAUAGCAACAGUCUCCGGUUUAGUUUUAUUGUACAAUGCUUAAUGAAGCUAUUAAAAGUAGUAUUCCAUAACUGUGAGGUUGCACAAGUUGUUAGGUCCUGGUUCAUCUUCAUCCUUUUUAUCAUCUUCGUCAUCUUCUGUUUCUCUGAAAACUGGAUUGGGCUGAGUCCUGUAAUAAAUGAAUAAAUAAACACUUUUACAAAUUA